ACACAGAAGAGUACCCUAAUAAUACAUCAACGCAAACACACUGGAGAGAAGCCCUACAGCUGUGAUCUAUGUGGAGCAGCUUUCACACAGAAGAGUAACCUAAAAAUACAUCAACGCAUUCACACUGGAGAGAAGCCGUACAGCUGUGAUCUAUGUGGGGCAGCUUUCAAACUGAAGAGUACCCUAAUAAUACAUCAACGCAGUCACACUGGAGAGAAGCCGUACAGCUGUAAUCUAUGUGGGGCAGCUUUCACACAGAAGCGUAUCCUAAUAAUACAUCAACGUGUUCACACCGGAGAGAAACCGUACCGGUGUGAACAAUGUGGCAAAACCUUUACUCAUAGUAGUGUCUUUAAACGUCACCAGCACAUUCACACUGGAGAGAAGUCGUACUGCUGUGAUCUAUGUGGUAAAAUGUUUUCUGUGAGUUGCAGCCUUAAAUCUCACCAGCGUGUUCACACUAGAGAGAAGUCGUACAGCUGUGAUAUAUGUGGUAGAGCAUUUUCUAAGAGGUCUAGCCUAGUAAUCCACCUACGUGUUCAUACCGGAGAGAAGUCGUACUGGUGUGAACAAUGUGGCAAAAUGUUUUCUGUGAGUUCUAGCCUUAAAUCUCACCAGCGUAGUCACACCGGAGAGAAGCCGUACAGGUGUGACCAAUGUGGGAAAAUGUUUUCUCAGAGUAGUCACUUUAAACAACACCAGCGCAUUCACACUGGAGAGAAGCGGCACAGGUGCACACACUGUGGGGGAACAUUUUCUCGGAUUGAUAGUCUUAGAUCUCACCAGCGUGUUCACACUGGAGAGAAGCCAUACCGGUGUGAACAAUGUGGCAAAACAUUUUCUGAGAGCGGUAGUCUUAAAUCUCACCAGCGUGUUCACACCGGAGAGAAGCCAUACCGGUGUGAACAAUGUGGCAAAACAUUUUCUCAGCUUGGUAGCCUUAAAUGUCACCAGCGCAAACACACUGGAGAGAAGCCAUACCAGUGUGAACAAUGUGGCAAAACAUUUUCUCAGAGUAGUAACCUUAAAUGUCACCAGCGCAAACACACCGGAGAG